CAAACCCAACAAUCAUUGCAAACUGCACAAACAGAAUUCAUAUCCUCACGACAUUCGGGAAUAUCGAGGCCGCAGGUGGUCCCAUACUGUGCCUCGGAGCCGAUGAUCUGAACAAUUCCUCCAUUACCAAAUCCCUACCCACUACUGGCUCUAGACCAUAGGUGGAGCUCGGAGGGAACAACAACCGGUUGAUUCUUGACAGGCACUAUACCUGGCACCACCUGAUCUUUGACAGAUCAGCCAAUUCCAUCUAUUCUUCAACCAUGGCUGUUCCCCGGCCAUAUAUGCCUCUUCGGAGGUCGCUCUGCCAAUUCUCAUCUCGAUCCUGUCGCACACCUCGCAACCUCUCAGCGCCCUUUCGCAGAUACUCCUCGGAACAGAAACCCCCUUCCGAACCCAAGCCAUUCACUGUCUGGAGACCAUACCUACGGCUGGCCAUUGGUGUGCCCUUCAUCGGUGCCUUGGUGUAUUCCAUGAUGACGGAAGAAGUUACCGAACUCGACUCGCCUUCCCUCGUGGAACUCGAUGAAACGCUCAAGAAGCAAGCCACGAUCAGCGAACAAUCUCCCAUGCGCCUGCGCAUGGAGAAGCUGAUCAAGGAUCACCAACAGAAAAUCAUUGAAGAGCUGAGCCGGAUAGAUGGAAAGCAAUUCAAGACUGAUACCUGGACGCGCCCCAACGGCGGAGGUGGAAUAUCCUGUGUCCUUCAAGACGGAAAUGUCUUCGAGAAAGCCGGAGUCAACGUAUCCAUCGUCUACGGCGAACUUCCCCGGCCGGCCAUUGAGAAGAUGCGAGCAGACCACAAGUCCUUUGUUGGUGCCGACGUGGACUCCUUGAGCUUCUUCGCUGCCGGUCUGUCCCUCGUACUCCACCCUCACAACCCCAUGGCCCCCACCGUCCACCUGAACUACCGGUACUUCGAGACAUCCGACCCCAAGGACCCCCUCAACGGCGACAAGAACUGGUGGUUCGGCGGUGGCACAGAUUUGACCCCCACCUACCUAUUCCCCGAAGACGCCAAACACUUCCACCAGACCAUCAAAGACGCCUGUGAUCGCCACGACGCCACAUACUACCCGAAGUUCAAAGCCUGGUGCGACAAAUACUUCUAUAUCCCCCACCGCCGCGAAUGCCGCGGUGUAGGAGGUAUCUUCUUCGAUGACCUGGACGCCAGCUUCCUCCAGUCCUCGUCAACCUCCUCACAGAACCCCCAGGAGACCCUUUUCUCCUUCGUCUCGGACGGUCUCGCUUCUUUCCUCCCCUCUUACGUCCCCAUUAUUGAACGCCGGAAGGACAUGCCUUUUACACCUGAGCAAAAGGAGUGGCAACAGCUUCGACGCGGUCGCUACGUCGAGUUCAAUCUCGUCUAUGAUCGCGGUACUAGCUUCGGUCUCCGCACCCCGAAUGCCCGCAUCGAGAGUAUUCUGAUGAGUUUGCCCCGCACGGCAAGCUGGGCUUACAUGGACCCCGUGUCGGGAACCCGAACGGAGGAUUCCGUAGAUGGUGAUGAGGCACUUCUGGGCGAGGGCAAGGAGCGCGAGAAGGAGAUCAUGGAUGUUCUGAAACAUCCUAGACAGUGGGUGUAAUGCUGCUGAAUUAGAUGGAUCAUGGGUCAUCGGCAAGGAUAUGGUUUCUUUUCCUGAAAAUUAUGUAUUAUCUGCAUGUAUAUUAUUUUAUGAGCUGCAUCUAUGGGCUACGUCACGUCAAAAGCAGCACUGUCUCUAGAAAUCAGAAAAAAGAAAGACUUUCAAAA